AUUGCCAUCAUGUUGGCAAGGAUCAAAGUUCCUUAUACAAGUAUUCGUGACGCCAUAUGGAAUAUUGAUGAUAACUUACUUAGUAUCGAUCAUCUAAAGGCGAUGCGACAAUAUAUACCGACCAAAGAAGAAAUUGAAAUAGUCAAGGAAUAUGAAGGUGAUGUUGAUAUGUUGGGAAAUGCAGAACGUUACUUUAGAGCGAUGAUGUUCAUUCCUCGAUUAGCCAAUCGUAUGAAUUGUAUCCUAUUCCGUCGACAAUUUAAAUAUGAAUUAGAAGAUAUUUUACCAGAGUUGGACAUUAUCCAGAUUGCCAUUACAGAGUUACGAGAAAGUGUACGAUUUAAAUAUGUUUUAAAGACGGUUCUUGCAAUAGGUAAUUAUCUUAAUUAUCAAACAAUUCGUGGUGAUGCCUAUGGAUUUCAUUUGAAUGCUUUGUUAAAGAUGAGAGAUACAAAAGCAGAAGGAGAAGGUGUCAGUAAUGUACCUACAUUGCUGCAUUAUUUAGUCUAUUUGUUAUCAAAGUCCGAUAAUGACAUUGUUCAUUUUACACGAGAUAUGUCACACUUGCAAGCAGCUGCUAAA